AUGGCCUCACAAACACCCAAGACACCAUCAUCUGGCACUUCGGAGAGCGUUCAUAGAACUCCACACCCCGCUGUCUCCUCUGGACGUCAAAUCGGCGUCGCCACUAUCCCAUAUGAUCGCCCAGUGGCUCUCAUGACCUCCGGUGCUCCGCUGUUGAAUCCGCGUAGCUGUGUUACUUGUCGCAGACGUCGAGUCCGUUGCGAUAAGACGAUGCCAUGCAGUAACUGUCGCCGGGCUCAGAGCGAUUGCAUGUACCCGGCUCCAGGUCGCGCCCCAAGGCAUGCGCAGGCACAGAUGCAGGUAAAUCCUGCGCCAGCUCCAGGACACAGUGAUCGCGAGAUGGAUCUAAUGGAGCGCCUACGAAAGCUUGAGGGACUUGUCUAUGAGAUGAAUGGUCAGGGAGGUGCUGGCGGAAAUGGUGUAGAAGCAAGCACUGGCGCGCCACAGAAGACUCAUAUCAACACCAAGGACGGACAAAGUAUUGUUGAAGCGACUCAGGAAAAGGUUGAACAAGAUACUCAGAACCUCAGUUUCGAACAAGUUAACAAACAACUUGGGCGCCUGGUGCUGCAUGAAGGAGAUCCAACACCUCGAUACGUCCACAGUGGCUUCUUUGUCAAGCUCAACGACGAGCUUUCUGAAAUUCGCAAUGAGAUGGAGACAAUGAGCUCGCAUGACGAAGAGGCUGAUUUUGACGAUGAUACAACCCCCGAGCAAUCGCCUCCUCAAAACUUGGGCACUGACUAUGACCACCAUAGCUUCAUCUUUGGCUACAAGUCUUCCGACGUUGAUCUCACGGGUCUUCAUCCACUGCCCGCGCAGGUAUCUUAUCUAUGGGAGAUUUUCUUGGAGAAUAUUGAGCCUCUGGUCAAGGUCCUGCACAUUCCUACAAUGAGUAGACUUAUGUCGCAAGUCAGACGAGGUGAACAUGACCUACGCCCUGGUGACGAAGCACUGGUUUUCACUAUCUACUAUGCAGCUGUGGUUUCAUCAGAAAAGCAAGAGCUCGAAACCAAUCUCGGUGCAUCACAAUCUCAUUUCAUUUCUCAAUUCCGUUUCGCACUUGAACAAGCAUUGGCCAAAUCCAACCUUCUCAACACCACCGACAUGGCUGUUCUGCAAGCGUUCGUCAUUUACUUGACUGUUGUCAAAUGCCAUGACGACAGCAAGUUUUGUUGGACUCUAACAAGUUUAUGUGUCCGAAUGGCUCAGGCACUUGGACUAUAUCGUGACGGCCAACAGCUUGACCUCCCUCCUUUCGAGGUUGAGAUGCGUCGUCGUCUCUGGUGGGCAAUUGUAGCCCUGGAUAUCCGCUCCGCUGAAGAAAUGGGUUCGGAUCUAAUCAUAAGUGACAACACCUUUGACACUCAGCUACCGUCGAAUAUUAACGACACUGAUAUCGAUCCUUCUUUUACCGAGAUGCCUACUCCACGCCAAGGUCGUACUGACUCGUCCAUAUGCCUUACACGAUACGAAACAACUGCUCUUACCCGUGGGCUAUUCGCAGCUGUGGCUCAAAUGAAACCUGUCGAUCCCAAACACGUCGAAAAGAGCCUGGAGGAGCGCGAACGCAUGCUUAUCGAAGUCUACGAGCGAAUGGAAGGCAAGUUUCUCAAGCACACCAUCAGAGAAGAUGAUCCCGUUUUCUGGGUAGCUUCUCUAAUUUCAAGAAUUUUGAUGGCCAAGGUUGGACUCCUCAUCUACCAGCCAGUUCUAUUUCCAGGAACUGGCCCUGAGGCAUCAAGAGAGGUCCGUAGUCGGCUGUGGCAAUCAUGUAUCGAGAUUGUUGAGUACACUCAUAUUCUCAACGUCGAUCCUUCAUGUCGACAGUGGCGCUGGCUGUUCCUUACCUAUCGACAAUGGCACGCCAUCGCAUAUAUGCUCCUAGAACUCUCUAAGCGACCGUGGGGGAUUAACUCAGAGCGUGCAUGGGAGGCUGCUCAGAUCCUGGAAUACGAUCAUCCAAUCGAGGGUGCAAGUCACUCAGAUCAUACCGCUGUGUGGAUGCCGAUUAAGAGGCUCUAUACUAAAGCCAAACGCCACCGUGAAUCAGAGCUCGUGCGUCUUCGUGCAAACCCUGAAGCUGCCAGGCAACUUGACCGAGAGGAUAGGCUGAAGCCCGUGCUGGAACGUAUCGGUCCUGCCCCGGGAAUGGAGACACGUUUGUCAGAGUUACGACUGCGCUGGAGGAAGACAUUUCAGCUGGGGAGUUUCUCUGUUGAGGCACAAUAUAAGAACGUCCUAUCGCAUCCGGAGCAAAGGCCUACAUCUAGUACGCCUGCAAAUGUUGCCCCUGCAAACUUGCAGCAAUCCCCUCAGGAUCAUUCACAGAUAAACCAGUCGCUUCACGGAUUUGAUCCCACCGCGUGGCAGAACCUCCAGAGUGGCAAUCCAGGUAUAGAAAUUUACUUUGAAGGAGGUAACUCAGAUGCACAGAAUCUAAAUGGUCUGUAUCCUGGCGGAAAUAGCUUGGGAAGUUUACCGAGCAUUGCUUCACCGGCUAUUUCUGGGGUGGCCUCCACGCAUAGGGCUGACAACGACCAUCAAGCCAUAGGGGACAACAGCCUUUCGCCAUGGCCUGGCUCGGAUAUUUUUCACCACACGCAAGACCCUGGUUCUUUGGGCGACAUGAACAACUUUUUCCAGAAUAAUUCUCUGUCAUCUACCGAUCUUGACUUGAACAUGGACCCUGGAGAAAUUGACGACAUCGACUGGAAGAACUGGGAUGAAGCUCUCAGAAGUUUUAGCAGACCGGAUAUGGGCCAGAUGGGAGCCUCUGGGCAGGGAAGUUGGGGAGCCCUACACAUCAACAAACCCAUCACCCAAGAACAACCUCACUUCAACGCCAUUAUGAGACAUCCAGACCAAACCAGUGGUUUCUGGGAUUAUUAUACUGACGAGAACGGCUCGACACCGUAUAUGAAGCUGAUUUUCUCCACAACUGAUUUUUGGCUCACUCUUCAUCUCUUCGCCGUCUACUCAAUCGUCGCUUGUGUACAGCUCAUCAAACACAGCCCACCGCCGGUCUUCAGAUCAAUCCAGCAAGACCCCAAGACCUCAAAUGAUGCCCAACAGACAAUUACUCCCAAGCGUGCAGACGAUUCGUUCUUGGACCGUUUGUCAAACUGGAAUGCCCCAAUCUCCGACGAGGAGCUCUCAGAUUACCCAUACCUAUGCCGAUUCUACGAGAACGAAACCCUCCGACUCGGUGCUGUUGUCUUGGGCAGCUUUUUCUAUCCUCUGUAUCUUGUUGUGCAAGCUUGGUGGACCUGCUGUCUUAUCGCAAUGGUUUUGCCUCAGUUUUACAUCAACCAAAGCCAUUUGUGGAAGUUCCACAGUCUAUACCUUGCUUGCUGGACCCUCGAUAUUGUUCUCAGGAUGGCCAUUAUGUUGCUGAUCCAGGCAAUGCUUAUUUGGAUGUUUCGUGCGCAGACACGGUACAUGAGGACAAUCAUCGCCCUGCGUCUUGGUCCAAAAAAGGGCGAGGAGGAGAGUGAAGAAGAGGACGAUGAGGACGACGAAUAUGAGGAUGUAGAGUAUUGUGAUUCUGAGGAUUCUCUUUCUUCUACUCGCGCUCAGUAUACACCAUCUUCUCCUACACCCAGCCGUGUAGAUCCUUUGGACGAUGGGCGUCUGGGUCCUAGAACUCCUUUUGGGCCCAAAAAGCCUCAUUGGGCGUGUGAUGCAUGUUAG